CAUGCAGAGAGGAGCUGGGACGAGAGAUAGAACAGAAGAGAGCUGUCAAGCUGCGAGGAGGCAGCGGAGAGACGACUUACUUUUUCUUGGAAUACAUUUUCCCGUCCAUCUCUGAAGCACAAACACACACACAUGCACACACACACACACACACACACACACAAACACAUGGAUGGUAAAGUGUGUGAGUGCUGGUGUUAGGAGAAGUGAAUUUCUUUCCAGAUCGGGACUUAUUGAAGCCUGACUCAAGACACAAGACUGUUUGGAUUCAGUAUCUUUGCAACUCGGACUUUUGCUUCUUACCGGUGCAGCACUUUGGACUAAGAGUGUGUGGGUGUACCUGUGUGUGUGUGUGUGUGUGUGUGCGUGUGUGUGUGAGAGUGUGUGUUGGGAUUCAGCACUUCACCUGAAUGCAACACUGAGAUUUUGACCAACACUGCAUCGGGCACCUGUUACUGUAGUUGCCUGAAUUGUGUACGAUUGGGCUUGGACUGUUUUUGUGUGUGUGAGGAGGAUGUAUUGGCCGGUGACUGCGGUCCUGCUCGCCCACCUUGGGGCUACCUUAACGGGGGCAUGGAGAGCAUCUCAACCAAGACUGCAGUUCACACACUCCGAGCUAAUUCAGAACGGCCGCCUGCUGACGCUGCCCCUGGUGGCCGGGGACCUGCACUCCCUGCUGCCUGACGAAGACAGGAGGCGCCUCUACGUGGCCAUGAAAGAUAACCUGCUGUCUACCAGUCUGGACGACAUAACGCAGAACCCGCGCAAGCUAUACUGGCCAGCCAGUCCAGACCGUGUCCAAGAGUGUCUCAUGGCUGGGAAGGAUCCAGAGUUGGAGUGUGCUAACUUCCUGCGAGUUCUGCAGCCGUUUAAUCAGACUCACCUGUACGUUUGUGGCACUGGAGCCUUCAACCCCCGAUGUGCUUUCAUAGCUACCAGCGUCUUCCUACAGUCAGAGCACCAGACUCUCUCCUACAGCCAGACAGAGUGUGGGAAAGGGAAAUGUCCCUACGAUCCGUUUCAGAAAACAGCCUCUGAUGUCGUUGAUGGAGAGCUGUAUGCUGGGAUCACCUCAGACUUCAUGAGCCGGGACUCCGCCUUCUUCCGUAGUCUUGGAAGCCGUCACGUCAUCCGCAGCGAGCAGUACGACUCCACCUGGCUGCAGGAUGCCCAGUUUGUGCGGGUAGCGCCGCUGUCUGAAACUGAUAACCCCGAAGAUGAUAAAGUCUACGUGUUUUUCACUGAGCGCGCUCAAGAGGCAGAAGGGGCUGCUGGGAAGGUGCUCUACUCCAGAGUGGCACGUGUGUGCAAGAAUGACAUUGGAGGCCAGAGGAGUUUAGUCAACAAGUGGAGUACCUUCCAGAAGGCCCGUAUGGUGUGUUCAGUCCCCGGACCGGAUGGCCUACAGACACACUUUGACCAGCUGCGUGAGUGCACACGAGCAUCAAAGGACAAACACAUUGCAUGCACAGUAAAACCAAUCAAACUGCCCUCAACCACUGGUCACAUCAAUAGCUGGAGCUCUGCCAUUUAAUGUGCAGAUACGUACAUGUGUUUUAGAGUGUGAUUCGCACAAAGUUGUUGCUCAAAUAUUUUGAAAUGACGAGGGAGAGUUUGCUGACUGAAGAACUUCAGUCUGGAGUUCUGAACCACAGCUUCAGAGUGAGUGAGUGUCUAUGUGGCUCCACUGUUACCACGGUGAUCAAGAGCCCUGUGGCUCACCUUGGGUUCGUCUUCGUGCCUCAGACUUGGUUACCACGGAAACUGGCCUCAACAUUCAGUUGCUGUGGGCUUAUUCAUUUUCAAGGAUUUGCGCCAGUGUGCUCCGGUUGGCUCUGUCUGUGUGUGUCUGUGUGUCUGUCUAUAGGUGCAGGUCUAUGUAUCUGUGUAAGUCUUUGAAUGCACUGAGAGUAUGGGGAACAGGAAACCAAUACAUUGAUGUCACAAAGCAAAAACUAUGCAUAGUGCUCAGAAGCAAAUGCAUUGAACAAUGCUCUAGUGUUCUGAAGUUGUCGUCUGUUGUUCCCAACAUCUUCAGUGUAGGCUGACAUACAAUGAAUGAUUUGUCGGAACUAUUGUCAUUUUAGCGAGCACAAUUCCUCUCUUAACACCUCAUUACUAGGGAGUCAUUAUCAAGAAGACUCAUACUGAUUUCAAAUGACUCUGUUGAUCACUCCGUUAACCCAUUCAGGGUUGGUUUAAUCCAUGUCACUGUGUCAAUUUGAAUGCAGUGUACUAGACUGAAAUGCUGUUAGCAGAGGAUGGUUUCGAUCCAUCAACCUCUGGGUUAUGGGCCCAGCACGCUCCC